CCGCAACUCGCGAUGGAGUUUUAGUCUUGUCGUGAAACUGGGGACGCUUGGUAGGAGACACUUGGUGCGUUUCCCCUCUCUGCAAUUUGGCGGCGAAUUUUCGCUUUUCCUUCUUUUGCAGAUGUCCGCUUUGGGAUCUGGUUCUGGUCCUCCCCUGUCUGAAAUUUUUCUUCGCAUCCAAUCUUCACUGUCAGGAUAGUGCGAGUUCGGAGAGGUGACAUGACGGAUCCGAGUCGUGUCCGCGAGAAGGAAAGGCGAUGGCACGAUUCCAUGGCAGUGCCUCUCAGCCUCAGAGGCGUUAGAGAGGAUGGGGAAUGGUGGGUGCUUCGCGGGCGGUGCUAGCGAUCGACCCUCUGGAGCAGAUCGGUGUUCUGACGACGGCGCCAUUCCGCAAAGGGAGGGCGGUGAAAGACAACCCUGGUCCUCUCCGCUGGGAACUAUUCCCAUGCCAUGUAUCGCACACUGCAUUCUGCCUUUCGACACGCAAAAGCGCAACGCGGUUUACACAAAGCCAUAUGACUAAAC